UUCCCUCUUCCAUCCCUCGCUCACUCCGCCGCCGCCGCCGCCUCGGGGCCUCUCCUCGUCCGCCGCAGCCAUGGUGAAGUACUCGAGGGAGGCGUCCAACCCGACCAAGUCCUCCAAGGCCAUGGGCCGGGACUUGCGCGUGCACUUCAAGAACACUCGUGAGACAGCGUUUGCUAUCAGGAAGUUGCCUCUGGGAAAGGCCAAGAGGUACCUUGAGGAUGUGAUUGCCCACAAGCAAGCAAUCCCCUUCCGCAGGUAUUGUGGUGGUGUUGGGCGUACAGCUCAAGCUAAGUCUCGCCACUCGAACGGUCAGGGUCGCUGGCCUGCCAAGUCUGCGAGAUUCAUUCUGGAUCUUCUUAAGAAUGCAGAGAGCAAUGCUGAGGUGAAAGGUCUGGAUGUUGAUACUCUGUAUGUAUCCCACAUUCAAGUUAACCAGGCCCAGAAGCAGAGGCGCCGAACCUACCGUGCUCAUGGACGCAUCAACCCUUACAUGUCCUCCCCGUGCCACAUCGAGCUGAUCCUUUCAGAGAAGGAAGAACCUGUGAAGAAAGAGCCUGAGUCGCAGAUCGCAGCCCGGAAGGCCUAGAGAAGGAAGCUUUGCCCAACUUCUGCCUGUUUGUUAGAUCAGAUUUUAGCCUUUGGCUUUUGGCUGAGUUAAAAUUUUGGUUGGCUGUCUGUGCUCGCGUUGCCUAUCGAAAUACUACUAGCUCAUUAUACCUUGUCAAAACUGUUAUCUCAGUGUACUGCAAGAUAUUACUCUAUUCGCGUAUCGCAAAUUCAGGAGGUGUUUGGAUUA